AUGGCCGCAGCCGUAGGCGAGGCUGCCGCGGCGGCGUCCGUUGGCCUGGUGCGGAGCUACAAGGCCUGUUUGAGGCAACUUUUUCGGCACCAUGGCAUGAGACUUGGAACAGAUCGAGUCAAGGCCGUCGCCACUAGCCUCGGAAAUCCUCAGGAUGACUUCGACGUGAUUCACGUUGCGGGCACCAAUGGGAAGGGCACCACGUGCGCAAAGAUCGCGGCGUGCCUCUCGCUCAAAGGUUACAAGGUCGGUACAUACACCUCGCCCCACAUUCUCUGCUUGCGCGAGCGGAUUCGCGUCGACAACCAGAUGAUUCCCGAAGACUCUGUUGUGGCACUGUACAACCGCGUCGUUCAGACAGCCUCUCAUAUGAACGUCUCUCUCAGUUUUUUUGAGAUCCUCACGCACAUCGCCUUCCUGUACUUCGCUCAAGAGGAAGUCGACUGGGCUGUCGUGGAGACCGGCCUGGGCGGCCGGUACGACGCAACAAACAUCAUCAGCGUGCCGCGGUGCACAGUCAUCACUUCGAUUGGGUGGGAUCACAUGAACAUUUUGGGCAAGACGCUCGACAAGAUUGCGCAGGAGAAGUCGGGAAUCAUCAAGCCGAAGGUGCCAGUAGUUCUCGGCCCAAGCGCCGCCGUCCACCAAUGCUUCUGGCGGAGAGCCAGCAGCCUGGGCUCGGAAGUCGUGGAGGUCGCCGCGGAGCCCCGUGGCGAGGACUUUGAGGAUGAAAACAUCCGCAUUUGCCGCGCCGUCGUGGAGAAAGUGCUGCAUCUGGAUCUUUUGCCGAAUCAGCUCGAGAGCGCGCUGGCCAUCCAGCUGCCUCUCCGCGCACACGUGCUGUCUCGCCUGGAUCUUCAGCUGGCCAGCGAACUCUGUGGAGUGCCGCCGCGGAGCCGCCCAGGCUCCCUUGAGCUCCCGGGCCGCGGGUCGGCGUCGAGCGUGAACGCCAAAAGGCGAGACUCACAGAACGGCGCCAAGUCAGCCAGCGGCGCGACGGAGACCUCGCGCAGCGACCUGCGCGACCAUGCGCUCUUCGACACACCUCACGCCGUCGUCGUGGAUCUCGCGCACAACGAGAGCGCCAUCGAACGAUUCCUACAGUUUGCUAGCCAUCACUACUUUGGCAUCCCGGUCCGGCUGGUUGUUUCGCUUUCCAAGGAGCGCGACGCAACAGUCCUCCAGCCCAUCAUCAACUAUCUCUCGUUUUCGAAGAACAAUCGCCUCGUGCGCGUCCACUUCGUCGAGGCAGACCACGAACGUGCCAAGAGAGCCGUUUCGCUUUUGGAAGAACUUGAAACAAGCGAUGCCAUCACCGCAGCCCUCCGUACGCAGCUUCUUGCGGGCCUGGAGGAGCAGCAUCGCGCCUUGAGCGAGGGGAGUGAUAAUCAGAGAGAGAUAAACGCGUCGUCUUCUGCGGACGACGGCGCCUUGACGAAAACCUUGGAGCAGCUGCAAAAGCAGGAGGAGCGACAGCGGAAGCUAGAGGAGCGCGCGGCUGCGCUGAAGGACAUUCCAGAAGUCAUUCGGCCUCACGCGCAUCUCCUCGAGACCUGCGGACCCGGAAAUCUGCCAGACGUGCUGCGGUUUGCCUAUCGACAGGCGACAGCUGAGCAGAGCGUCUUGCUUGUCUGCGGCACCUUCUUCAUGAUGCGGGAGGUGGUGAGCUGUCUCGGCUUUCUUCACGGCCCCACGGACGACAUCGACAUGAACGAACAGUUUCCGCCGCAUGCCGCCGCUCCCGUCGACGUGUCUGCGGCGGCCGCGCCGUCAGACGCCGUUGCGCCGCCCCCCGCGUGA